ACGCUACAUGUAACUAACCAAGUAAUUGAGUGCGGCCAAUUACAUCAGCAUCAAACAGAACGUCUUGUGAGACAACUGGUGACAAAUGCCAUAGCAAGUUUUUACAGGCUCCAGGGCCAAUCUCUGAGACUAGGCUUGCACCAAGGUCCAAUCGCCUCUACUGCAAUGCAGCCGUCUCCAUCUUCUGCUCCUGCCUCACCCCCUCUCUCUUCAUCCAUACUUGACUCUGCCACAUGUGUAAAUGCCUCUGGGCAUUUGUAUACAGGAGCAUCCAGCAGAAAUCAUUCGGAAUUAUCGACACAAAAUCUAUGUGCAGUUGCAAACAAUGAGGCCGAAGAGUGGAGUGAAAGUCAGAUGAGGCUUGGAGAUCAGUAUGUUCCCAGCAUCAUAGAGGCAGCCUGGAUUGCCCUUGAGCAGCAUAAAAGUUUCCUGAACUUUAUGAGCGAAAAUCAGGCAUAUCUGAACAAAGUAGGUAACUUGCAGGAAGUAGGCUUAAAUUAA